CCUCAUAAAAUUUCACGGAAAUCGGUUAUUAUUGCGUUUAUUGGGAUGCGUGCGCAUAUGGCAGGUUUACUACCCAUAACUCAUGGUAGUUAAAAAAUUCAAUUUCCGAUAUAUUAUUAAAACUAAUGCAUCGUGAUAGAUGCCUGGUGCUUUAGUGCAUAUUGUUUAAUGUCACAGAGACACCUAGGACGACAUGCCGAUAAAUAGCCACCUUAAUACCGAUUUAAUUCUGCUCAAUGAAGAAAAUACAGAGGCUCAUAACUUAGCUGUCACCGCUGCUAAGGUAGCCCUCAACAACUUCGAAUGGAGAUACAUAACUAUGGUUCUCCAUAACUCCUCAAUUCUUCUCGGAUUACGCGCGUUCAUGCAGGUUUACCAGAAAAGUGUGAUCGUGGGCAAUCGAUUCCUCGAUUUCGAAGAAUCCACUAGAGAGAUCAUACAGUUUGUGGUUUUUGGAUCAGACUUGAAUAACAUAAUGUAUGUACUGGAUUGGAUGCGCAAUAAGCAAUUUGACAACACCGGCAAAUUUAUUGUCAUUUGCAAGAACUGCGACGAGCGUGAAGCGAUGGACAUAUUCUGGAAUCACAAGAUAACAAAUGUGGUUUUUAUCAAUGAUGGUUCCGGAGCUAGCAAUUUAAUUGGCUUUACAUAUUCUGUUUAUGAUAACGAAAAAUGUGAAAUUAGUUUACCUCACCCACUUCAGGAAACCUGCAUACAAAAUUCUUGCACGAAAGUAUUUCAUAUGAAACUUACAAAUUUUCACAGGUGUCCAAUCAUUGUAUCUACAAUAGUUCAGGUCCCACUUAUGUCCCUGGAGUUGGGAAUCCCGCGAGGCGCUGACGGCGACCUCUUGCGUCUCAUCGCAAAAUCUAUAAACGCCACUCUAAAGGUCAUGACUCCACAUUGGGGCUCCGGUUUUGGGCAGUUAAACAAAAAUGGCUAUUGGUCAGGAUCCUUGGCAGAUGUUUAUUAUGACCUUGCUAAUUUCUCUAUGACAUCCUCAUGUAUAACGCUGACUAGACGCAGAGAUUUUCAUAUGUCCACAAACUACUAUUCUAUCAAUAUUGUUUGGGUUACUCAUCCUUCAAUGGCGCUGCCAGCUUGGCAAAAACUUCUGCGACCGUUUCAAAUAAUAGCGAGGAUAUCUCUAGUUGUUACAUUUUUAUUCGUCAUAAUGGCAGCUGUGUUCCUCAAAAGCAAAUACUGGACUAAAAUUUCCAAAAGAAUAAUCACGUCGGCGCAACCUCAUAAAUGCUUUUUAUUCAAUGCAUGGGCAAUUUUCAUGGGUAUGCCCAGGACGAUAAUGCCUUCAAAACCGGCAUUUUCGACCAUAUUUUUGCUUUGGGUAUAUUAUUGUUUUAUGAUACGAACGUUCUAUCAGACUUCACUUAUACGCGCCAUGAAAAAUAACUAUAACUCUCCCGAAUUCGAAAAUCUUGAAGAUAUUUUAAGUUCAGGUUAUCCAUUUGGUGGUGUGCCAUCGCUCAAGGAGUUUUUCAAUGAUGUUCCUGAAGUAUAUUACAACUGGAAACCCAUAAACAGCACCGACAUUUUUAAAACUAUGGUCAGUCUAUCUAAAGGAAUGAAGUACGUACUGGCAGUGAAAAAGGUUACUGCUAAAAAUUUUCUUACAAAACAUUAUGGAAAUUUACAUAUUGUGCCUGAGACCAUUGUGACGAGUCCCACUGUUUUAUUUUUUAAGAAAUUCUCUCCAAUGGUGGAGUCCGUCAAUCGAGUUCUUGAGCGCUUAACCGAAGGUGGUUUCACUGAUAAGUUCUAUAAAGAUCAUGCCAAUAUACAAACAAUGAAGAAAAUAGAAAGUUCAGCAGCAAUCAACGUUGGACACUACGCGGGAUGUUACGUAGUAUUGGCCGCUGGAUGGAUUGUAUCGGUAAUAGUUUUCCUUUGUGAGAUUUCUUACAAAUGUAGUAAACAAUAAAUAACUGUCAAUGUUUUAUUUAUUUAAGUACACGAGCCUAAACAAUCAAAAAUAUGUUUUGAUUCGUAUUUUUUAAUAGUCUUUGUUUAGACUACAUCGACUCCUUUAGGCCUCUACAUCAAUCUCAUAUUUAAUAGGCUUUUAUUGUCGCACAGUUACAAAGGUGCCUCGUAAUCCUACGGCAAAUAAAUGACUUAACUAGUGAAAACGGCUUUUAACCGAAUAAUUAAGGAAAACUAAAUUUAGGGAAAACAGGUGUUAACAUACAUCGGGUUUUACGGUACCGCGUACAAGCUACUCAAGGGUUAAUAAAUUGAGAAAACAGGAAUG